AUGGCGGUGGAGUACCACUGCUGCUCGGCGGCCUUCUUCGAGCACAUCGUCAUCAUCGUCGUGCUCGUGCUCUUCGCGGGCCUCAUGUCGGGCCUCACCCUGGGCCUCAUGUCCCUCAGCCUCGUCGAUCUCGAGGUGCUCGCCAAGUCCGGCACCGAGCAGGACCGCAAGCACGCAGCUAAGAUUUUACCUGUUGUGAAGAACCAGCACCUUCUGCUAUGCACUCUUCUAAUCUGCAAUGCUGGCGCCAUGGAGGCUUUGCCCAUAUUCCUUGAUAGCUUGGUGACUGCUUGGGGUGCGAUUUUGAUAUCAGUGACACUGAUUCUGCUGUUUGGUGAGAUCUUACCACAGUCCAUCUGCUCACAUUAUGGGCUGGCUAUUGGUGCUUCAGUUGCUCCAUUAGUUCGUGUGCUUGUUUGGAUCUGCUUUCCUAUUGCUUAUCCUAUAAGCAAGCUAUUGGACUAUUUGCUGGGUCAUGGUCAGACAGCUCUCUUCCGUAGAGCUGAACUAAAGACACUUGUCACUAUGCAUGGGAACGAGGCUGGCAAAGGUGGAGAAUUAACCCAUGAUGAAACUACCAUAAUAGCUGGAGCUCUUGAACUGACUGAAAAGAAAGCUAAAGAUGCUAUGACAUCCUUGUGUCAAAUAUUUGCAAUUGAUAUAAAUGCAAAACUUGACAGGAAUCUGAUGCAAGAGGUACUUGAUAAAGGGCAUAGCAGAGUUCCUGUUUAUUAUGAAAAGAAAACAAAUAUUAUUGGAUUGAUAUUGGUGAAGAAUUUAUUAUCGGUUAAUGCUGAUGAUGAGGUUCCUAUAAAAAGUGUAACUAUCCGCAAAAUUCCUCGUGUUCUGGAAGAUAUGCCCCUCUAUGACAUCCUAAACGAAUUUCAGAAAGGUCACAGCCACAUGGCAGUAGUCAUAAGAAAAAAGAAUCCAAGUUACCCAACUGCUGAACAAGCUGCCAAUGAUGGUGGAACUUUCGAGGUGUCCAUUGCUAUUGAUGACAAGAACAGCGAAAAGGUCGUGAAGAACCUUCCACCACCGCUGCAAAGAUGGAAGAGCUACCCUAACACUCAGAACGCAUCAAAUAGAGGAAAUAGGCCUAAAAAAUGGUCCAAAGAUCAAGCAGACGUUCUGCAGGUCCAUAAAGAACCCUUGCCCACAUUGAGCGAAGAUGAAGAGGCUGUUGGUAUCAUAACCAUGGAGGAUGUCAUAGAGGAGCUUCUGCAGGAGGAGAUAUACGACGAGACAGACGUACAUGAGGAACAAUGA